UAAAUAACACUGACUAAGGGUCAUUUUAAGAUAAUGAUACAUUUACACAACCCCCUUCUCUCCGCCCACUGUGUGAUUUAAAUGCAGCACGAAAAAAACGUUCCUUCUUCCAAACGCAAAGGUUCUUCCUAUCGCCAAAGAGCUGAAGUAUGACUCGUCGUGUGGCAGUGGUUGGAGGAGGGAGUUCAGGUCUGGCCUGUAUCAAAUGCUGUCUUGAUGAGGGACUGGAGCCUGUCUGCUUUGAAAGCAGUGAUGACAUUGGUGGUCUGUGGAGGUUUAAGGAGAAUCCUGAGCCAGACAGGGCCAGCAUCUACCACUCUGUCAUCAUCAACACCUCCAAGGAGAUGAUGUGUUUCAGUGACUUUCCAAUCCCUGCACACUUCCCAAAUUUCAUGCACAACACUCUCAUCAUGGACUACUUCAGGAUGUAUGCUGAUCACUUCCAGCUCACCAAGCACAUACGCUUCAACACCAAAGUCUUGCUGGUGAAGCAGAGAUCAGAUUUUUCUCACUCAGGCCAGUGGGAUGUUGAAAUAGAGAAGGAUGGCAAAAAAGAGAAACACAUAUUUGAUGCUGUGAUGAUCUGUAUUGGACAUCACUGCCACCCCAACCUGCCUCUCCAUGACUUCCCAGGCAUUGAAACUUUCACAGGAAAGUAUUUCCACAGCCGAGACUACAAGACCCCUGAGGAGUGGAGGGAUAAAAAGGCUGUGGUGAUUGGAAUAGGAAACUCUGGAGGAGACAUAGCGGUGGAGCUGAGCAGAGUCACCAAACAGCUUUACCUGAGCACUCGAAGAGGAGCCUGGAUUCUGAACAGAGUUGGGGACAAUGGCGUGCCCCUUGAUUUGCUUUUCAACAGAGUGGUUAACUGUAUGGAAACAGUUCUUCCCUUCAGUGUUUUCUGUGGUCUUGGAGAGAGUCGGCUGAACCAAAGAUUUGAUCACGGUCUGUACAAUCUUAAGCCAAAGCACAGGCUGUUCAGCCAACAUCCCACAGUGAAUGAUGAGCUUCCCAACCGCAUCCUAUCUGGAACAGUUCAGGUGAAACCCAACAUCCGCAGAUUUCAAGGGUCCAGUGUGGAGUUUGAUGACGGGAGUGUAGUGGAAGAUGUUGAUCUGGUGGUGUUUGCCACAGGUUACAGGUUUUCCUUCCCAUUCCUGGCCUCUCAUGUGGUCUCAGUGUCUGAGAACAAGGCGUCUCUAUACAAGUAUGUGUUUCCUCCUGAGUUGGACCGUCCUACACUGGCUAUCAUUGGCUUGGUGCAGCCACUGGGAGCCAUUAUGCCCAUCUCUGAGAUGCAGGCCAGAUGGGCCACACGUGUCUUUAAAGGCUGCGUCAAGCUUCCCUCAGUGGCUGCCAUGCAAAAAGAUAUCCAGUGCAAGAAUGAGACCAUGGCUAAAAGGUACGUCACCAGUCAGAGACACACCAUCCAGGUUGACUAUAUCAGCUACAUGGAUGAGAUAGCCAAACUGGUGGGGGUUCAACCCAACAUCCCAAGGAUGCUGCUUACUGAUCCCAGGCUGGGACUUAACGUGGUGUUUGGUCCCUGCACACCUUACCAGUAUCGUCUCAGAGGGCCAGGAAAGUGGGCUGGGGCCCGUCAGGCCAUCCUCACUCAGUGGGAGAGAGUGGCUCAGCCCAUGCAGACCAGGCCCUGUGAUGAGCCCAAGCCCAAGAGAUCCUUUAAGUGGCCUCUGAUUCUGUCGGCUGCUGCUGUGGGUUUGGCUGUGUACAUUCACAAGAACAACCCUCCAGCUUUCCUACAAGAUCCCACUGCACUGCUGGACAAGAUAAAAGCGUACCUGCCUGCACAGUGAUGUGAAAUUCCUAUACAACCGAUUUUAGUUAUGAUCACUCCUUUAGUGCUUGUAAAUGUACAUUUUUGUAAUUUUUAAACUACUACCCCAACUCCUGAAAUGGACAAUAUACUAAGACGUGCCAAUGAUGCCAGUGGCUUCAAAGACCAGCUGAUGAUAUACUAUGCUAAAAACUGUUAAUCAUCAUAUUAAAUUGUGUGUCUGCCAGGAUCCCAGUCUUGGUUUUCUGUCUUCUCGACAAAGCUAUACGCUCAUACUGGGUUUACAGCUUUUAUUCUUUUAUUCAUACUUUUAUAAUCUACCUGUAUGUAUUGUCUUUGUUUUUUUCUGCAUAGUGGUGGUAUCAUAUGAUUGCACAGUUCUUGCUGACACCUCUCUCAUUCAUUUUGCCCAUUGUAAGCUUCAUUUUAAAAUUAUAUUACAAUUACAUACAUCCUGCAUUGCUUCUGUUAAAAGUUUAUGAUGUAUUACUUGUGUGUCCUGCUUUUGUGUGAUUUUUUUUUGACAUACUGAUUUUUACAGUCAUUUAAAACUCCUUUGUAUAUGCUCAGUCACUGACUAAAGGAUUCAUUUGUUAAUCUGAAUGUAAAACUGUCCUUCUGUAUGUUAGCUUCUGCCAAAUAAACAAACCAGAUUUUCUAGAGAA